AUGGCAGAUUUUCGUUUCCCAGCUGCCGUUAAGUUAUUACUACCCGGAGCUAUUUCUAAUGCUCUGCUCGGAGAGCUUUCUUGGGAAGACACUAGAGUUAAGGGGCAGAAGAAGCUGUAUCUCGGGAAGGGCUUUGCAGAAUCCGACAAGCACCUGGCCGAGUGGAGGGAGGAAGUGAAGAAAAGGGUUCGGAAUGGGAUUGAGGCUUUUCGAUACAAGGAAGAAAAGAAGUUUGGCGACAUGUCUUACUACCGGAAUCUAGAGGAAGUAAAGAAGGGGAUCUUGGGAGCGCGUUUCGCAGGGUUUACUUCCGGUAGAUGGGAUUACGGAGGGUCUGACUACCAUGUUAGGUGGGACGAUGGGAUUCCGCUGUUCCCUCUUAUAAAAGAAGAGAUUAACCUGGGAGCAAAGAAUCUUUAUGAGAAGACAAAGGUAGUUGGGGAGGCCGCUGAGGAAGAUAUAGUGCUAGGGGGUAAUGUGGUCAAAAGGGGUAGUGGGAGUAAGGGUUCUAGAGUUUCUGAUGAUUCUGACGAGUCGGAGGAGCCCUAG